GCAGACGUAUCUCGCGAGAGAACUAAACAACCAGCUCUAUUUUUCUUCUUCUUACUGUCGGGUUGCAGCCACGGCUUGAAAGGUUCAUACCGCUACCUACCGUACUGUAGAAUUUAGUGCGGGCCAUAGGACGAGAAGGUGGCAUGUGUUCAAAUCUAUGAGGUCUUGAUGUUUCUCUCGCGAGAUCUGACAACAUCGCGUGGGAACAAAACAGGACGAUGACAAAGCAAAAUGGCGUUUGAUAAAGACGUUAUUGUGUUCUUUCUAGUUUUCUCUUCCUAAUCUGUGCGUACAUGUACCCUUAUAUUGUAUGUGUAUAAUAAAGUAAACAGCGUCAAUUAUUGUUUACAUCCGGAUACAUUAGUCCGAGCGCACUUUGACGCUUCUCGUGCUAGCUUAGCUUGCUAGUUAGCUUAGCUUGUUAGCUGCUAACAAAGUGACGCAGAAGUGAUCAACACGUCGCUAAGCAGAGAUCACAUAUGAGUGUAAAGUGUUGGGAUUGUGUGAAAAUGUGCGAAAGAACGAUAGCAGAGUACAAGGAGGAAGUUUGUCCAACAAAAGAGGAGAAGGGGCGACAACAUCAACUACUGGACGCUGUUUUCAAGGAUAAUCAGCUUGUUUUACACACAACAGAUGUCUGUAAAGAACAUCUUCUCCCUGAGCAGCAGGAGUGGACCUGCGGGAUGGAGCAGGGAAAACCACAGCACCCCCACUUUAAAGAGGAAGAGGAGUCACAGCCUCCUCACAUUAAAGAGGAAGAGGCGGAGAAACAGACCCCUCACAUUAAAGAGGAAGAGGAGGAACACAGCAUCAGUCAAGAAGGAGAGCAUAAUGAAGGACUGGAGGAGGUUGAUGUCACCAAGAUGCCAUUGACUGAUGUCACUGUGAAGAGUGAAGAUGAGGUCAAAGGUGAAAGUAAGGAGGAGAGAGAGGUGGAGCAUUCAAGCAGCAGCUCAAUUCAACACAUGAAAACAGAAGCUGAUGAAGACCACUGUGGAGGAUCACCAGCAGACAAGCUCUUAGCUCCACUGUCAGAUAGUGACGACACAACGUCACACUCUCCUGACACUGAUGAUGACAUGUCAUGUCACACUGACAUCACACACUAUAAAUGCUCUCACUGUGGCAAAACUUUCAAAUUUCAUUGUCAUUUAAAAAUACACGUCAGAACGCACACUGGAGACAAACCAUUCAUGUGCUCAUUUUGUAGCAAAAGCUAUUCCCGUAAGGAACAAUUGAAAAUUCACAUACGAACGCACACUGGUGAAAAACCUUAUUCCUGUUCAAGUUGCAACAAAAGCUUCGGAGAAAGGACAAAACUUGUGCUACACAUGAGAACGCACACCGGUGAAAAACCGUACAUGUGCUCAGUUUGUGGUAAAAGAUUCUCUCAAAAGCAACAUUUAAAAGCGCACACAAGAAAAAGCACUGCUGAAAAAACGUGUUCAUCUUCAACCCACGGUGAAGAUUUUACACAAAAUACCGAUUUGAAACCAUUUAUGACUCCACACACUGGAGACAAACCAUUCAUGUGCAUAAUUUGUAAGAAAAGAUUCUCCCGAAAGCAACAAUUGGAAAUUCACCUAAGAACACACACUGGUGAAAAACCAUAUUCCUGUUCCAACUGCUGGAAAAGCUUUGGAGAAAAAUCCAAACUUAUAUUACAUAUGAGAACGCACACUGGUGAAAAACCAUAUUCCUGUUCAUGCUGCAACAAAAGCUUUGCGGACCGAUCAGCACUCGUAAAACACAUGAAUCGACGCACUGGUGAAAAACCUGUUAUCUGUUCAGUCUGUGGUAAAGGUUUUGUACAAAGUCAAGAUUUGAAAGACCACAUGGAAGUGCACGCUGAGAAAGUGUUGAGUUGCAGUGCGUGUGGUGAAAUAUUCCCUUGUAAAUACCAAUGUAACAAACACAAGUGUGCUGGUGCAGAACAGCAGCAGCAAAUGAAGAUGCAGAAUUUGGAAUAAAUUGUCAAAACUUUGAAUUUCUAACAUCACCACAUAUAGCAUGUGACAUCAUAUCCGUGUGUAACGCUCUCCUGUUUAAUAUGUUGCUACCAUUUAUAGAUUGGAAUGUUUUUGAUUGAUUGAGACUUUUAUUAGUAGGUUGCACAGUGAAGUACAUAUUCCGUACAAUUGACCACUAAAUGGUAACACCCGAAUAAGUUUUUCAACUUGUUUAAGUCGGGGUCCACUUAAAUUGAUUCAUGAUACAGAUAUAUACUAUCAUAUAUCAUAUUAGAUGAGGGAUUUCAUUUCAGUGUUUUUCCAAAUCGGUUUUAAAUGAAUGGAGUGUUUAUAUAUUUUCAUUUCUGAUUUUAAAUGAUUGCAUAGCUGAAUUAUUUUUUGUGAUAUACAUAUUUACUUUACAUUUGUUCAUACCUCUUUUAAGUACACAAACCACUCUUAGUUCAUAUGUAUCACAUCUGAAACAUCUUCUGGACCACUUCUGGAAGCAUAUUAUGUACUUUAUACAUAAUUUCAACACAUUUGUGUUCUACAAAAUUCUUUACUUUUCAAAUAUGAUUUUAUGACUCAUUGGUUGAGUCAUGAUACGACAUUCUAUUAUUAUUGCUCUCUUUUGUAUAUGAAUAUUGCAUUUGUGAUUGUUUUAUAUGCAUGCAUUU